UGUGUCCGGGGCGGGGGCGCGCAGGUCCCCGAAGGUGCGACCGUCCCGGGCCCUGGGUGCCCGGGCGCCGGUGGAGAGGUCAGGCUGGCGGGGCAUCGGCCCGCGACGGCGGGUCAUGGCGGCGGGCGGCAGGCUGGAGGACGGUUCCUUGGAGAUCCUUCAAAGUAUGGAUGAUGACCCGCUUCUGGACACCCAGCCUCUCCCACACCACUCCUUACAUGCUCACUUUAGACCCAGAUUCCACCCUCUUCCUACCGUCAUCAUAGCGAAUCUGCUGUUGUUUAUACAUGUUGUGUUUGUUACUUUGGCGUUUUUAACAGGCGUGCUGUGUUCGUACCCUAAUCCGAAUGAAGACAAGUGCCCAGAAAACUACACCAGCCCACUGAAAGUUCAGACAGUCGUCAUCCUUGGGAAAGUUAGCCUAUGGAUUCUGCAUGUGCUUCUUGACCGCUACAUCCACUAUCACCACAGCAAAGUCAGAAGCCGCGGCUAUUCCCAGAUCUACCGGUCUACGAGGCGUCUCAAAACACUCCCCCUCAUGGUCCACUCUUCUGGCAACACGGCACUGCUCCUCCUCCUCUGCGUACAGCAUUCCUUCCCUGAGCCCGGCAGGCUGUACCUGGAGCUGAUGCUGGCCGUCCUGGCCCUGGAGCUGAUCUGCUCCCUGAGCUGUCUGCUGCUGUAUGCAGUGAAAGUUAGGAGAUUCAAUAGAGCCAAGCCACAGCCUGACGUACUUGAAGAAGAAAAAAUCUCUGCUUACCCCAGCAGUGCCGCCCCCGAGACCGGCUUCAGGACUAGGUCACACCUAGAAGAAAUUGUUGAAAAGCAAGGAGACAUAAUAGCAUAUCUGAAACGACACAAUGCCCUCCUGAGUAAGCGGUUGCUGGAACUGGCCUCUCAGCCAGCUAGAACAUGAGGGGCUCCUGGGCAUGACAGCUGAGGAGUCCACGUCACUUCAGACCACCCGGCUGCCACGGACGGGACCUGCAGUCUUUGCCGAAGUCUCAGUGUGUGCUGGGAACGUGAGCCCCUGGGUGGUUAAAGCAGUCUGGAAAACUUGAGAAUGUUUUGCAUAGUUUGAAGUAAUUUAACUUCUUGACUUUUCUGGAAUCCAAGCUAUAGUUGAAGAACCCUGGAAUAAUAUGGCUGUUUGUAAAGCAAGUGUGACACGACAAUCUGCUGUAAACGUGGUUUCAAAACCAGCGAGAUCUUGCCACAAUUAAGCUGCUGAGAGAAGGCAUUAUUUCCUGUGGUUGAUGUUUGCUUCUGAAGAGGCCCCCAUGGAUUUUAUAUGUGUGUGGGCAUCUUGGACAAGAGAAAAGUCAAAUAACUGGGUUUUUGUUUGCUUGCUCAUUUUCAGGUGCUGGGGAUCAAACCCAGAUGCCUCACACAUAAUAAGCAAACGCUCUGCCACUAAGUCAGCUUUUACAAAGAAUUUCCUUCAGCCAGUCGUGGUGACUCACACCUGUAAUCCCAGCACCUGAAGAGCUGAGGCAGGGGCAUCACCACUAGCUUGAGGUCGGUCCAUUGCCCAGUCCAUAGAAUGAGACUUUGCUCCAAAAGCACAAAACAGUUUCCUCCUUAUAGGACCCAUCUCACAGGACAUACGCUGUGCCAGUUCUGCAGUGUGCUGUCGAGAAAUAGAAUGCCAAGAACUCCUGGGGCAAUGGGAGCCCAAGUGGUUAUGUGGUGACGCCUGUAACAUGGUGAGACCUUCCAUGGGUCAGAGUUGAGAGACUCGGGAAAUAAUCUGCUUUCACUUGAGUUUGCCCUUCCUCAAGGAGUUGCCGUGUAUCUCUCUCUUACACUGUGAUUUAACCAGUCGUUUAAUUAGCUGAGCUUGGUGGCUCAGACCUGUCAUCCUACUCCUCGAGAGCAGACAUAGGAAGGUCAAGACUGACCAGGUCCACAGAAUGAGUUUCAGGCCAGCCGGGGCUGCAAAGAGAUCCCGUCCCCGUAAAUAAAUAAAUAAAUAAAUAAAUAAAUAAAUAAAUAAAUAAAUAAAUAAAUAAAAUAAAGAUGUGUUACAGUAGAGGAAUAAGACUGUCUGUGGGUUAAAAUUUGACCAAAUGGUGCUGUUUAAAUGGCUCCGUAGGAAAAGUACUAGUUAUACAAGCCUGGUGACCUGAGUUUUGGUCCCAGGAACUGUUGGUGGAGGAGAAGCCAACUCCUGAAAGUUGUCCUCUAGCCUUUAAACUCUCGACAAGAUGCUCUUGUGUGUGCACCGACACACGUCACAUGCACACCACACAAAUACACACAAUACUACAGUUUUUCAUUGUCCAAAUAGGAAAAAGAUUCUUGUUGGUCUUGGAUUAUAGUUCAGAAUUGUGAUGGGAUUCAAAUGUCAAGUUGAUUUCUCUCUAGGUAUUAUUAAACAGAUUAAUUCCUGCAAUGAAAAUGAAGUGUUUUCAUGUG